CAACCAGUCGUCAGUUGGUUUAAAAACGUGCAAGGCAGAGCAUCGCGCAAGCGGGACGGGAAAAUCGUUAACCCAAAGCGCCAAGUGUCUUUUGUUUAAUAUAAACUAGCUGGUGGGCGCGUAUAUACAAACAGCUGCAAUAUGGAGGCGAUUCUGCAUAGUGUACACCAUUGGUACAGAGAUCUGAUGGACAACAAGAGUGAUCCGCGUGUUCAAGACUUCUUCCUGCUCUCCUCACCGCUGCCCACGCUUUGCAUGUGCAUAUUCUAUGCCUACUUUAGCAAAUCUCUGGGACCAAAACUAAUGGCUAAACGAAAGCCAAUGGAUCUGCGCAAAGUGCUUGUCUACUAUAAUGCAAUACAGACGAUAUUUAGUGCGUGGAUUUUCUACGAGUACUUAAUGAGCGGCUGGUGGGGUCACUACAGUUUCAAAUGCCAGCCCGUUGACUUCAGCAACAGUCCGAUGGCCAUGCGCAUGGUUAACAUUUGCUGGUGGUACUACAUAUCAAAGUUUACCGAAUUCUUUGACACGCUCUUCUUCAUUUUGCGCAAGAAGAACGAGCACGUAUCGACGCUGCAUGUCAUACAUCAUGGCUGCAUGCCCUUCUCGGUAUGGAUGGGUCUUAAGUUUGCGCCAGGCGGCCACAGCACUUUCUUUGCCCUGCUCAACUCGUUUGUACAUAUUGUUAUGUACUUCUAUUAUAUGAUUGCUGCCAUGGGUCCAAAGUAUCAAAAGUUCAUCUGGUGGAAGAAGUAUCUAACCACCUUCCAAAUGGUGCAAUUCGUUGCCAUAUUUACGCAUCAAUUCCAGCUGCUGUUCCGCGACUGUGACUAUCCCAAAGGAUUUAUGGUCUGGAUUGGACUGCAUGGCGUUAUGUUCCUAUUUCUGUUCAGCGAUUUCUACAAAGCCAAAUAUUUGAGCGUCAAGCGUCGGCGUCGUGAGGCCGUCAAGGCGAAUGGACAUGCGAAUGGCGCCGUGGGCAAUGGCAAAGUGAAGCAUUUAGGCGAGGGCGAUGCAAUGCUUAGCAAUGGCAGCAAUAAGGGAGCUUGCAUGCCCGUCUUGGAGGAUGAAUAUGCGAAGGGCAAUGGGCAGUUCAACGCCUUUGAGGGCAACUACUUCAAGGAGGGAGUGCUAUCUAGUAAUGACGCCAUCUUGAACCCAGACAGCAGUAGCUCUAGUCUGCAUCAGCGCAAAGUCAAAUAA